UAUCAGACGUAAUUUUGGAAAAUUGCAACUUCUUCUUUUACGUCCGCAGAUCCAACAUGGCGACGUGGCAAAGUGUUGCAUUGUGGGAUAUGCCAACAUCGCCCUUUGGUUAUUUGUAAAUCUCAAGGAACUGACAGUUUUUAGUGCAUUUCACAACACAAAAUUUUCCCAGGUGAUUCUACAAAUACCCAAUAGUCUAUCUGGUGUAUUUCUGUGAGUGUGAAUAUGAGGAAAGUUGUCUUGUGGUCAAUCUUGUAAACCACGAAAUGCAGUAUGGGUAAUUUUUGUUCAGAUUCUUGAUGACCAUGUUCUUCACUUGUCACUUUCAAUCAAACAUAUCUGCGUUUUUACACAUCAUCUAUGCAACAACCGUAUAUCUAUUGUGAAAUAAGUUCUUAAUGCAUCUUUUGAUAAGUUAAUUUUAAGUUAAAAGGUUCAAAUUGACAGAAAUCGGCGUCGAGCGAUUGGUACUUGAAAAGAUGAGAAAAUUUUAGAUUUUCUUUGUUCACAUUGAAAGACAUUUUGAUGUUGAUUAAUCAUCAUGGCAGCAGAAAUAGUGAUCAAAGACAUUAAGCCUGGUCAAAAGAAUAUUAACGUCAUAUGUAUUUUGCUAGAUAUAGGAAAGCCCACAAGAACUAAAGAUGGACAUGACGUGCGGUCGUGUAAAGUUGCAGACAAAACAGGUUGUAUAAAUAUAUCAUUAUGGGAUGAAGCUGGUGACAUAUUGCAGUCAGGAGACAUACUCAGGCUCGUGAAAGGGUAUGCAGCCAUGUGGAAAGGGAGCCUAACAUUAUAUACUGGCAAAGUAGGAGAACUAAAUAAAAUAGGAGAAUUUUGUAUGCAGUUUUCCGAACUUCCAAACUUCAGUGAACCCAAUCCAGAAUAUAUGAAAUUGUUGGAGCAGCAGAACAAACAACGUAAAUCACCAACAGAAGAUCAGGGAGGACAGAAUGGACAGAACAGACCUCCACACAUGGGAGGACCUCAAGGGCAGCAAAGCAGUGGAAACAAUUCCCGUCCCCCAAGACCUAUGGCCCCAGGGGGUGGUCAAGGGGGGAGACCUCCUAUGAAUGGACUUCAGGGGCUACAACAAGCUGUUCAAAUGCAGCAGUCAAACAUAAAUAUGGGAAACAGAGGGAGGGGUGGCAGGAGAUAGAAUUGCCUUACAAAAUGUUAUGAUGGCCAUGUAGUAAAAUGUUCAUUCUCAUGCCAUAUGUCUCAAGUGGUCUCUCUGAUUUUCAUUGUUUUUUCACAUUUCUCCAGUGAAGCGAAUUAUUCCCAAAAGACCUUAGACUGAUGACUGAAUGAUGUUAGACUAUAAAACAGGUCAUACUUUAGAGAAAGCAACACUUGGAACAUGAUUUUUAAAGACAAAUAAAUUGCAAAAAAUUAUUACCCGUCUCUAAAUAAGAUGGAGAAAACAUCUAAAAAUGGAGGACAUGCAUGAAGAAUCUCAUGGCCAUCAUGACAUUUUGGGGAUGUUGUUAAGCUUAUUGCCCAAACAAAGAUCACCAUUUAUACCAUUAUUUUGGGAAUGGGUUGGAUUGUUUUAACUUUUAAAUCUCAAGAAAUGUUUUCACAACUCCAUGUAAAAUUUAAUGAAAAUAAGCAAGAUUUGCUUUGUUAUGCAGGAGUUUUCAGAUUAAAAAAUUAUCAGACUUUUGUGAGUUAAGGCUUACCACACAGCAGUUAACAGUUAACACAAGCCUCAGAUUUCAUCUUGACAGAGAUGGAUUAUUGCUUUGAACACUUAUUGAAUACUCAUUGUGUAUUUAGCGACACAAAGCCCCCUCAUGUAACUUCAUGAAGUUCCUUGGCUUUGGAGGAAGUGAAUAUUUCGCUCAGUCAGUUUUCACUGGCUAAGAAUGAAUGUAUUGUCAAAUGUUUAUUUGAAUUUAAAUUAGCCAAGCAAGAUAAAGUAUUAAGAAAAUAUCUUAGCAAAAUUAUCCAGUGGAGAUUCAUCCACGUUAUUGUACAAUGACACCUGAGUAACUGCAUAGUAAUCCACAUCACAUGAAAUGUGAUUAAUAUAUGUUCAAGUGAAGAU